AAUCAUGUAUGAUAUGAAAUCUAGAAUCCCAAACCUUGGAAACAUGUAUAAAUUUUGAAUUUUGAUCUUUCAAAACUUGGGGAUUGCUUCUUCUUCUUCUUCUUUUUCCUUUUUGUUUUUUAUGUUUUUUUUUUUUUGGUUUUGUAAUCUGCUUACUGAAUGAACUCAUAUAAACUCAUACAAAAUAUAAAGUCAUCUACAAUUUUUUUUUUGUCGUAAAACCACAUAACUGUUUCUUAUCACAAAUGCUUUUGAAUAACAAAUCACAAAGUAUAGUAUUCUAAUAUUGCUACAAUAUUAUGACACAUAUAAAACCUUUAUCAUGAUAUGAAAAGAAUUAUAAAACUCCAAAAAAAAAAAGGUAAAAAAAUCAUGUACAAAUUCAAAUUGUCUUGGUUGUUUGAGAGUGCUGAUACUUUGUGAGGACACAAAAAAAGUGUCAGUCACAUUCGAGAUUAGCAAAGAGGGAAUUAAGAUACGUCCACCGUCCAUUGGUCCAUGUAAUGAUUAAUAUCUGACGUGGCCUUUACUAACUAAGAAAGAACUAUUAAAAAAGAAAAAAUCAAUUUGGCCACGAAUCUCCCGCCUCUGUCGCUCUCACUUCUUCUCACCCUUUAAUAGCUAGUGCAGUGUGCGUUGAACAACCACCACCACAUCUUAUAAUGGCAAAUGCGAUCACAUUCUUCGAGCUCAACACCGGCGCUAAGUUCCCGUCGGUGGGUCUUGGAACAUGGCAAGCUUCUCCUGGCCUUGUUGGUGAUGCAGUCGCCGCCGCUAUUAAGAUUGGAUAUCGUCAUAUAGAUUGCGCUCAGAUCUAUGGCAACGAAAAAGAGAUUGGAGCGGUUCUGAAGAAAUUGUUUGAAGACAGAGUAGUGAAACGCGACGACUUGUUCAUCACCUCCAAACUCUGGUGUACUGAUCAUGACCCUCAAGAUGUACCAGAGGCAUUGAACAGAACUCUAAAGGAUCUGCAGCUUGACUAUGUCGAUCUUUAUCUGAUGCACUGGCCUGCACGGAUGAAGAAAGGUUCUGUUGGAAUUAAGCCAGAGAACAUUUUGCCUGUAGAUAUUCCUAGCACAUGGAAAGCCAUGGAAGCACUAUACGAUUCGGGCAAGGCACGAGCCAUAGGUGUAAGCAAUUUCUCCACCAAGAAACUAGCUGAUCUCUUGGAGUUGGCCCGUGUUCCUCCUGCUGUUAAUCAGGUUGAAUGUCAUCCUUCUUGGCGACAAACUAAGCUACGAGAGUUCUGCAAUUCCAAAGGGGUUCACCUUAGUGCAUAUUCGCCGUUGGGUUCUCCAGGGACAACGUGGCUGAAGAGCGAUGUUCUGAAGAACCCGAUACUGAAUAUGGUUGCGGAAAAACUCGGAAAGAGUCCUGCGCAAGUCGCCCUUCGUUGGGGACUCCAAAUGGGUCACAGUGUGCUUCCCAAGAGCACCAAUGAAGGAAGAAUCAAAGAGAACUUUAAUGUUUUCGACUGGUCAAUACCCGAUGACAUGUUCGCUAAGUUUUCUGAGAUCGAACAGGCUAGGUUAGUGAAUGGUUCCUUCUUUGUUCAUGAGACACUGAGCCCUUAUAAGUGUAUUGAAGAAUUAUGGGAUGGCGAGAUAUGAUUGUUAGCUGAUCUAUUUGUUUUGUCAAAUAAUGGGAGGUUUUUCUCUCUGAUGAACUUGUCAGUUUCUUAUGGAUGUUACAGAAAAAGACAUGUCACUGAUAUAUUUAUUUACAAUCACUUUUUUAAAAAACAAAAAAAAACUGAAAGGAUCUAUUUAUACAUUUGCAAUGUAUUAUA